AUGAACUCUCUGUGGAUUAUUGUUAUUUUUGUGAUCAGUGCCUAUCCUCGAGGAGGAUUAUGUUUUCCACACACCCAAACUGUGAUAACCCAAGUACCGUCACCAAAAGUGACUCCAGUGAAUCGAACAUCUGAGUUCACCACGGUUCGUUCGUUGAUUGAUGGUGAUUUGAAACGUGUUGCCACCAUUGGAAUUUUAUUCGGUGCCAUUCAGGGUGAGGCGGAAAUGGAGAAAAAACUCAAACGACAGCUGCAGGACCUGAGCAGAACCUACAAUGUGUCAAAGAUUGAAGUGAAAUCACGAAAGAUUGCCUCCAUGGAACGGACGAUGGAGCGGGAUAAGAUGGCCAUGGAAAUUUUGAACGGAGCAUUAAGUUUAGCAACGAAACCAAUGUCCUACGAUCAGUACAAGCGUGAAAUGAGCAGGCUUGCCGAGAAACAAAAAUUAUUAACCGAUGAACGAAUUACAAUACUUCGAACGAAUCUCUCGAACUCCAACAAAACCGACUACGAUAUUGUGCUUAUCAAACGAGAAGUGAGUCGACACAUUAGCGAUAUGCGAAAGAAUCUUGCAAAUCAAGUUAAAAACACGAUCCAAUAUUUGGAGACAAACGAUGGAUUGGAAAGUAUAGAUCAAAUUGUCUUGAAAAAAAUGGUUGGCAUUCAACUGCCGAACUAUAGUUUCUACGAGAACGUUUACCAGCAAAAUUUAGAGAACAAUAUUGAAGCCCUUUUUCAUCGACGGCAAGAUGAUAAUGACGAUACAGAGAAGAAUAGUAAACAAAACGAUAGUCAAAACGACAUUUCGGUCACCUUAGAUGAUGGUAAUGACGAGUCCGAAUCGGAAUCGGACGACGAGGCCCCUCCAGGCGGACUGGUAGGGCUGAUUGCAAGUUUGAGUGGAGGUGAUGAGGGAUCGGAUGUAGGUGCACUGGUCGGAGCUCUGUCAGCCGCAAUCACCAAUUUGUUUGGGCCUGACGGUUUGGAUGUGCCUGGUCUGCUUGGUACCGGAACGGGACUCAUUGCCGGUUUGUUAGGGGGUGAUGAGAACUUCGGCAAAGUGCUGGGAAGCUACGUCGGUAUUGCCGUGGAAGGACUGUCGGGAGGAGGCGCUGACAACAAUGGUGCAUUCUUUGGAAAUCUGUUGGGAGCGAUGAUUGCUGCUUUUAGCUCAGAUCCAGAAGACGAAGAUUUGCCGCUGAGGCCAGAGUUGUUCAUAAAGAAUUUCUUCUCUGGGCUGGAGGAAGCGAAACGUAAGGGUGAUUCCGAAGCGGAGGGAUGCGGUAAUAAUUGUAAAGGCUCUGACUUUUUCGGUUUCAUCGGAAACAUCGUUUCUUCGAUCGUUGGCGGCGUAACCAGUCUAGUGCUGAAUGCAUCCCUCGGUUCGUCGGGCGGUUCAUCACAAGGCUCGGCUGACGCUUCCGGGGCAUCGUCUGCCGGCAGCAGCACCGACAGCGACUGUAAGCAUCCCUGUGAAGCGGCGACCCAUUAG